AUGAUUGGCAAAAGUUUUAUUUCUCAUUUUCUCAUUCAUCGAUAUAUAAAAAUAUUCGCUUUGGAGUUUAUGGAACAGAAGAAAAAAACAAUAAGAAAAGAAAUUUGUGCUAAUAAAGUCGAAUGUCGAGUGAAUGAGUUCGUCGUUGUGACUCUUGAAGUAAUUAAUAAACAACGUAGACAGCUAGGAAAACUGAAACCACGAAGAAAACAUGAGAACUCAUAA